AUGAAACGAUCUGCUAUGUUGGUAUUGAUUUUACUCCUCAUUUUUGCCAUUAUGGUGCUAAUUCGACGACGACAUCAACCAACUAUAUUUGUAAUUACCCCAACUUAUUCACGUUCUGAUCAAUUGCCUGAAUUGGUACGUCUUUGCACAGUUUUAAAUGUUGCGGGCAACAUUCAUUGGAUAGUGGUUGAAGAUGCAUUAGAAUUAACACAAUUUCUUAAUGAUUGUGGCAUUUCGUACACACAUUUGGCAGCAAUCACACCUCCGUACAGUAAACUUGUCAGAGGAACAAGUCAACGAAAUGAGGCCUUGCAGUGGUUGAGGAAGAAAUUUUCUUCAGCUAAACAACCUGGCAUUGUGUAUUUUGCUGAUGAUGACAACACCUACCAUCCGGAGUUGUUUGAAGAAGUAGGUAAUAUUUACUUUGUAGAUAAUAAAAGAGGCGCAACAUGGCCAGUGGGGCUGGUGGCUGGAUCGGAUUGGGAGGGAUGCAUCACUGAUGCCAAGGAUCGCAGCAAGAUUUCCCACUUCUGGACCAAUUGGGAACCCAAACGCGAGUUUCCCAUCGAUAUGGCGGGUUUUGCUGUCAAUUUGCAGUUAAUUUUGGACAAUCCGAAGGCCGUCUUUGAUGAUACUACGGUGGGAAAACAGGAGGGUCUUAUACUGACGAAGUUGGGUUUUAAAAACGGUUAUGAGUUGGAGCCCAAAGCGGACGGAUGUAGGAAGGUAAGACUGUUUCAACAAUUACAAAUUUAUAAUAACACGCAUAACUUGUCUUUAUAG